GCAUCCCCCUGCCAGAGGCUGCCCCCAAGCCCAGCUCCCUCAGUCCUGCUGGGUGUAAGAUGGAGCAUCUACACUCCUAAAGGGAUCUCUCCAGGACUGGUCCCCAUCUGAUCUCACUUCUGGGGAGGGGCCCUUAAAGGAAUUUAAAAAGGAUCUUCCUGUGAAGAUAGCACCAAUCAUGAUUCUGCUCUCAUCGCGCAGUAUAUUACUCUCAAUUUACUAUCCUCAGAUCUUCCUCAUCCUCACCAGCUGCAGUUACUUAGCUUUGUCAUCCGUGGUGGCCUUGGGAGCUAAUAUAAUCUGCAACAAAAUUCCUGGGUUGGCGCCUCGGCAAAGAGCCAUUUGUGAAAGUCGCCCUGAUGCCAUCAUAAUUAUUGGCGAAGGGGCACAGAUGGGGAUCAAUGAAUGCCAGUACCAGUUCCGGUAUGGGAGGUGGAACUGCUCGGCACUUGGAGAAAGGACCGUCUUUGGGCAAGAACUUCGAGUAGGUAGUAAGGAAGCCGCGUUCACCUACGCAAUCACGGCAGCUGGCGUGGCUCAUGCGGUGACAUUGGCCUGCAGCCAGGGCAACCUGAGUAACUGUGGCUGUGACCGGGAAAAGCAGGGCAACUACAACCAAGACGAAGGCUGGAAAUGGGGGGGUUGCUCUGCAGAUAUCAAAUAUGGAAUUGAGUUUUCCAGAAGGUUCGUUGAUGCCAGGGAAAUUAAAAAGAACGCACGGAGGCUGAUGAAUUUGCACAACAACGAGGCCGGAAGAAAGGUAUUGGAAGAGCGAAUGAAAUUGGAAUGCAAAUGUCACGGUGUCUCUGGCUCCUGUACAACAAAGACCUGUUGGAACACAUUGCCCAAAUUCCGGGACAUCGGCCAUAUUUUAAAGGAGAAGUACAACAAUGCGGUGCAUGUGGAAGUUGUACGAGCUAACCGUCUCCGUCAGCCAACUUUUCUUAAAGUCAAGAGGGUCAGGAGCUACCAGAAGCCCAUGGAGACGGACUUGGUAUACAUAGAGCGUUCGCCAAACUACUGCGAGGAAGACAGUGCCACUGGGAGCGUGGGAACUCAGGGGCGCCUUUGCAACCGAACCUCCCCGCACACAGACGGUUGUGAUCUGAUGUGUUGCGGUCGAGGCUACAAUACGCAUCAGUACACCAAAGUUUGGCAGUGCAAUUGCAAGUUCCAUUGGUGCUGCUAUGUCAAAUGCAAUACGUGCAGUGAAAGGACAGAGGUUUUCACCUGCAAAUAAUCCACGCCAGUGCCCACGAACGAGGACACAUAACAGGACCACUACGGCAUCAAUUUGCACACUUAAUCAUUUUCUUUUGAGGAGGAGAUUAUGCUACCUUCUGUUAGACAGGAGACAACGUUUCAUUGGGACCCGACAGGUGACAUUGUGAUACAAGGAAGCAUUAUUCCUCUCAUCGCACUGGACAGAAUAACAAAGCUGUUUCUCUUAAAUCUUUCAUAAAGCUAUAUGGACGUUGUAGAUAUUUUAAAUUAUACAUAUCACGGAGCUGUCAGGAUGGAGAGAAAGCGGCGCCAUUUCUAUUCAAACGGCUGCUAAAUCGAAAUGUAUACGGUCACGGAGGGACCAAAAAAGAGAAAAAAGGACAGAAAAAAAUAAAAUAAAAACUAACUCAGCUAUUGGUUAAAUAAGUACAAUUGAUAUCUUAUGCCAGUCACACUGGAACUAUUAUAAAUGAACAUGAAAAAUUAUUAUUAUUAUUAUUUAUAUGUUAAUAGUAUGGAGAAAUUCUAAGCACUAACGGGUAGCUUGUGUCUUAAUUCUGUACUAGAGUUAAACCUAUAGAUGUUUGACUUUUAUGAUGAGACUUGUAUAUGACGAUUUCUAUCUAUUUCAGAGCUACUGAACUCUUUUGAUAAAUGGGUCUUAAACUUUAUAUUCUAUUUUUUAUUCUAGAAAUAGCGCGGAAUUCAUUUUUCAGAAUGGUGCCUUGAUACGUGAAAUGCCCUUAAAGACUGAGGAAGGUCGAUAGGAAAGUCAGCUGGUGGGUUUCUAAGUGGGAUGUUAUAGUGAAAGUACUUUGUAUCUGUACAGGACAUGCGGAAAGUUAGUCAUGUGACGAAUAAACAAACAAAAACGGAACAAUAUUUGUAGAUGGGGAAAGGACUGAUGCACACGCCAGGUAGCAGAGAGCACACGACAUUAGACAUUUUUGGGGGGAAUUUUGUAUUUUUCCUAAAUGCAUGGGUGUAGCUACUAUUAAAUGUUAUUGUUUAUUUUAUGAUUUCAUUUUUUAUUUUAGCUUUGAUAGUUCAGGGGGAGUUUUGCAUUAAAAAAAGAAUAUUCAAGUGCCUGAAUUAAUGAUCAAUAUCUUGAGAGUACUGGCAGCUUCUGUUUAAUUGCACACGUUUGCCAAUUACAUAUUUUCUUUUCCAGUUACUGCAGUACAUCCAUGUGAACGGCAUUACAGUGGGUUAGAAAAGAAAGUUUGGUACACGUGUUCUAUGGAUAGAGACAGCUUUUGUGCAGAUAUGGACAAUGUUUGAGCUAUUAAACUGUGUACAUUAUAUUUCCAAUUAAAUUCCAAUUAAUAUGUGGUUAAGCUGGUCCAGACUAUGAAGUGUCUCUAAGGAACUAUCUAUAGACUCUUUUCAACCAUAAGGGUCACAGGAAUUAUUCCCAGUGGGGUCAGAUCGUGAAUCCAUUCCAAAGGUUAUAGAGUAUCAUUAGAGGGACACUCCAGGCUGGAAGUGAAACCCUUUCCCUAUUUCUAACCCUAAUUCCCCAUCCUUUCCCUAACCAUAACUAGAGGCCUGAGGGACAACUAUCCAGGCAGCAAUACUAGUUAAGAUGCUCGGAGUGUCCCUGUAAGUUAGGUUUCUAAAGGUAAUUAAUUGAAGGGAAUCCGGAUAAAAUCCAAAAGUGUGUGCUAAGUCCAUUUUAUUUCUCUAUAGAAACAUGCUAUAUGAAAAUAAUUAUCUACAAAUAUUCAUGUUCCUGGAUUAGUAGGUUCUUAGUGAUGGGGGCCAUCCGGGAUCUGUUUGGUUGAUAUAUCUGAGAAUUUUAGUGGGUUGGGAAUCUCAACUGUUUUGACAUUUUCCUUAAAACCCAAUAACAUUGCACAACCACUAGGGAUGUAGAGUAAGUUGUUGACUGGAACAAAGAUGGUUACAAAAUGCUGACCGAAUGUUCAAGAUUCUUUCUCCUUGAGGUUACAACCCAUUGCCUUAAAAUUUCAACAAAUCCUACGUCCCCAACAUUCGUUGGUGAAAUGAAAAAGCUUUAAUAAUGCUGAUACCUUAAUCCAAUAGCAUAGUACAAUGGUCAAAUGAUAAAGAGGAAAUUCAGUGAAGUAAGAUAGUAACUGGGAUUUUAAUGAUGGAUACAAUGGCAUUGUUUGAACAAAUUUAUACUAUAUUUCUUCCAAACAUGAAUACGUUACAUUAUAGGAUUCAGAAUGUAGAACAGACCAUUAGAGCUCAUGCGUUUGUUUUUGUUAAGUGUUUCUUAACUGAAUUACUGAGGUUUAGAAAAAAAUAUUAUAUUUUUUCGUAAAAACAUUCCUAUCGAGAGGAUUUACUAAUUCUUUUUUUUAUCAAUGAGGGGCAUAUGAUCAAUUUUGUAGCAUGUAUUAUCUAUAUGCAGUAUAUAUGUUGUGCCUGCUGUAUGUAGCAUCAAUUGUCUUUAAGAAAUACUAGAUUUCCCAGAGUGCACUAAAAUGUUUUAACUGAUGUGUGCAUAAUAUUGGUUCAUAUCGUGUCUUCCAUGGUACCAAUGGUUUGCUCUGUACUGCACAUUUUUGUGAACUUAAUUUCCCAAGGUGCUCGGUCAGCCCUAAGGUGGCACUGGAAUCAGUCUAUACACAAUUGUAUAGCAGUCUAAAAACUACCUAUGUGUUGUGGCUAUCUUUUUUAAAUUCCU